AUGGCGAUGAGAUUGUUCUUAACGCUUGCCAUUUUGUGUGGCCUUUACAAUAAAGCCUAUGGGAGAGUUUCUUUAGAUAUCGAUGUGAAGUUGAAGAUUCUUAAUAAGCCAGCGUUGAAGACUAUCAAGAGUGAAGAUGGAGAUAUAAUAGACUGUAUAGAUAUCUACAAACAACAUGCUUUUGAUCAUCCCGCCUUAAGAAACCACAAGAUUCAGAUGAAACCUAGUGUGAAGUUUAUUACAAAGAAGACUACUAUUCCAAACAACGGGACUUCUACAGCAAUUACAUCUCAGAUUUGGUCCAAGUCUGGCAGAUGUCCGGUAGGGACAAUACCAGUUCGUAGAGUCAGUAGAGAAGACAUAAGAAGAGCCUCUUCACCGUCUCAUUUUGGGAAAAAAACACAUCGAAGAUACAGUUUUCUCGACAAAGCACUUGAACACAAGGGUAAUUUCAAUUUUACCGCUGAAAAAAUAGACCAGAAACAGAGACAUUCGGAAGCGUUCGCUGCCACUCUAGGGUCCAAUAUUAUUGCAGCACAAUCCGAUAUAAAUGUAUGGAACCCUCCGAGAGUUCAGGCUGGGGACUACAGCACUGCUCAGAUCUGGAUGAUUUCUGGCACCUCAGCUACAUUUGAGAGCAUCGAAGCUGGUUGGAUGGUGAAUCCAGGCGUUUUUGGAGACUCACGCACACGUCUCUUCACCUAUUGGACUAAAGAUGGAUACACUAGUACAGGGUGCUUCAACCUCUUAUGCUCCGGAUUUGUGCAAACAUCUGAGAAGUUGCUCCUGGGUGGAGCCGUACAACCCGUUUCAAGAACCUCCGGCGACCAGUAUCAAAUCUUUGUUGGAAUGUCCCUGGAUCCAGCCAGCGGGAACUGGUGGCUGAGUUGCGGAAAGAACCUGGUGGGUUACUGGCCGGGGACACUCUUCAGCUCUCUCCAACACAGAUCAGGAUUAGUGAAAUGGGGUGGAGAAGUCAAUAGUGCUAACGUGGGGAUGACCAAGCCACACACGAAAACUGCAAUGGGGAGUGGACAAUGGCCAUUACACCUCUUUCGCGAAGCUUGUUACCAUACCAACAUUAGGAUCGAGGACAGUUCCUCGCAGAUCAAGUAUCCACAGUAUCUAUCCGAGUUCGCUGAUGAGCCCAACUGUUAUUCUACAAUGCUCCAUCGGGAUACGGACACGUCAGAGCCGAAACUUUUCUUUGGUGGACCUGGCCAGGGUCUUGUCUGUCCUUGA